CCGGCAGCGCGCGCACUGUCCGAACACCACUGUGUGUCGCGCGCUCAUCGGCGUCGCGCUGCUCCCCGCGAACGGCGGACUCGUGUCGUGGUGCUGCUCGCGCGUCUACUACGGAACGAACGGACGGACUGACUGACUGACUGACUGACUGAGGGACUGACUGACGGAGGAACGGACGGAGCGACAGACAUGCGGGUCCAGCGGGGCUCCGGUUUCCCUGCCUGCGCCCUUCUGCUCCUCCUGCUUCUCCCAGGAGCGUCUUGCUCUGAGGCUGAGCACAGGCUUUUCUCGGUCAUCUUCUCCAAGUACAACCAGUACAUCCGGCCCGUGGAAAAUGUGUCGGACCCGGUCAUCGUGCAGUUCGAGGUGUCCAUGUCUCAGCUGGUGAAAGUGGAUGAGGUUAACCAAAUCAUGGAAACCAACCUGUGGCUCAGACAUAUUUGGAAUGACUACAAACUGAGGUGGGAUCCCAAAGAGUUCGGUGGAGUAGAAUUCAUUCGGGUGCCAUCAAACAGAAUCUGGAAACCAGACAUCGUUCUCUAUAAUAAUGCAGUGGGAGACUUCCAGGUGGAUGACAAGACCAAGGCCUUGCUACGCUACAAUGGAGAUGUCACGUGGAUUCCACCUGCCAUCUUCAAGAGCUCCUGCAAAAUUGAUGUGACCUACUUCCCCUUUGACUACCAGAACUGCACCAUGAAGUUUGGCUCGUGGACUUACGACAAGGCCAAGAUCGACUUGGUCCUAAUCGGCUCAACCAUCAACCUGAAGGACUUCUGGGAGAGCGGCGAAUGGAUGAUCAUUGAUGCCCCAGGGUAUAAGCAUGACAUCAAGUACAACUGCUGUGAGGAGAUCUACACCGACAUCACGUACUCUCUUUAUAUCCGCCGGCUUCCACUUUUCUACACAAUAAACAUGAUAAUCCCCUGUCUGCUUAUUUCCUUCCUUACUGUACUGGUCUUUUACCUGCCUUCAGACUGCGGCGAGAAGGUCACUCUGUGCAUCUCUGUGCUGCUCUCCCUUACCGUGUUCCUCUUGGUCAUCACCGAGACCAUCCCCUCCACCUCGCUGGUCAUUCCACUCAUUGGCGAGUACCUCCUCUUCACCAUGAUCUUUGUGACCCUCUCUAUUGUCAUCACUGUCUUUGUGCUCAAUGUACACUACCGCACACCCAAGACGCACACCAUGCCUGCCUGGGUGCGUCACGUCUUCCUGGGGAUGCUGCCUAGGGUGAUGUUUAUGACCCGGCCAGAGAGGGAUCCCAUCCCCCCACCUCCUCACUCGCCACCACCCCCAAAACAGCACAAUCUGAGCGGGGGCCUACACCAGCACCAGCACCUUCUCCUCAGCACCGAGCUCUGCAACCUCAACAACCUCAACCGCGAUGCCACCAAGGCCGGCUCAAGCUUCCUGUGCCGGGAGGGACGCUGCAACUGCUGCUGGCGGCAGAGAUCUACCAAGCUCCCGGCUGAUGGGGGCGGGGGCAUCGUGCGUGGACUGGGCACCAUCACCGGGAUCGGUGGUAACGGAAGCUCUUGCUCCAGCUCAGAGUCCUUGGAGGGUGGAAAAUUGUCCCUGCCCACCCUCUCGCAAGAGGUACGGGACGCUAUUGAAAGCGUUAAGUACAUCGCCGAGAACAUGAGACUACAGAAUGAAGCCAAAGAGGUUCAAGAUGACUGGAAGUACGUGGCUAUGGUGAUUGACAGGAUCUUCCUGUGGGUUUUUAUUCUGGUCUGCAUUCUGGGAACUGCAGGCCUCUUCCUCCAGCCUCUCUUAAUGGGAGAGGACAUUUGACACGUACAGACUGUGCGGAAGCAGAAGCCAGUUUUUGAAAUCGCAAAUGCAGCUGGUGUGCGGAAUUCAUACGGGGUCACACAGCUACAAUCUAGAAUCAGAACGAGGUCUCGUGUAAAAAAAAUAAAAUUGAGGUUGCAGUCUAAGACCCCGUAGAAGGGGCUUCAUUUUACUGUAUACUGUAGUAGAGGAUUGUUUAGUGUUAUAUGUAGACUUUAUAUGCAGUAACUGCUGCAAGCCACUGAGCUUUUAAAUUUAUUGAGACUAGGAGAAACACCCUCCUUGUACACUAUAUUACUUGUCUUUCUAUGCCGUAUUGUAAAAAUUCUUAGCGUACAAUGGUAACCCACAGAAACAACAGCGGAGUAGAGUCCAUUUCCAUGACAUGUUUGAAGCAAGUUUAGAUUUGGGUUAUUGACUUUGUUUCAUUCUUUCUGGGCAACACAAUUGUUGGAUUUUAUUUACGACAUUUUCUCAAGAAAAUAUGGAGGAAAAAAAAGGGUAAAGUUCAGGAUCACAUGUUACACUUUGUUUAAUUUUACACCAGUUAAUUUUUUAAAAUGCAAAAUUAAAGUCUUCAGCAGCUUGCAACACGCCACUUUCUGUUUAUUCAUUUUUAUAGUUUUUCGGACUAAAUAAAAGCUUC